UACCUUCAUUUGUUUACAAUUAUGAAAUCAUAAUAUCAAUGUCAAGUAAAUUGUAUGUUGUAUUUUAUAUCCUGUAACAAAACCGGUUUUACAAGUUGAGUUUGUGUAAAAGGGAGGGUCAGAGACAGUGAUAUAAAUGUACUCUGUGUUUGUACUGUCAUUUUGUUUCCUUCUCUUACCAGUAAUGGAUUCUUCCAGCAGUUCCCUGUGUGCAGAUCAGUUCCUGUGUCCAAUCUGUCAGGAUAUCUUCACCGACCCAGCAACCAUCCCGUGUGGACACAACUUCUGCAUAAAAUGUAUUACUACACAUUGGGACAGUAGUAUGGAGUGUCAGUGUCCUCUUUGUAUGAAAAACUUCCACUUGAGACCAGACCUUGGGAUCAAUAGAGAGUUCAGAGACAUUGUUAACCGACUGAGGAGGGGAGAAAGUCCUGUCAAACCUGGAGAAGUACUAUGUGAUGCCUGUACAAACUCAAAGAGAGGAGCUGUAAAGUCUUGUCUGCAUUGUGAAGGAUCUUUUUGUAAAACACAUUUAGAGCCUCAUGACACUGUGGCAAAAUUGAAGAAGCACAAACUGAUUGACCCUGUGGAGAAUCUGGAAAACUAUAUAUGCCAGAAACACAAGAGACCUCUGGAGCUGUUCUGUAGAGAUGAUCAGAUGUGUGUGUGUCUAUCCUGUAUCAUGACUAACCACAAAACUCACAACACUGUUACAGUAGAGGAGGAGAGUAGAAAGAGGAAGUCUGAGUUGGGGCAGAGGCAGGCCGAGUUUUAUCUGAUGAUCCAGCAUAGGAUGAAGAAAAUUGAAGAGUUCAAACACUCCAUGCAGCUCAUCUGGGAAAAGACAAAGAAAGAGAGAGCAGACAGUACUGAGAUCUUUGCUGCUCUGAUACGCUCCAUUGAGAGAUGUCAGUCUGAGCUACUUGAAGUGAUGGAGCAAAAGCAGACUAAAGAGCUCAUUAAAGAGCUGGAGCAGGAAAUCACUGAGCUAAAGAGAAGAAACACCGAGCUUGAGCAGCUCUCACACACUGAGGAUCACAUCCACCACCUACAGAUUUACCCAUCGCUGUGCAGCCCUUUAAAUACCAGAAACUGGACUGAGAUCAGUAUUAACACUCAUGUGAGUGUGGACAUCUUAAGGAGAGCUCUGACAAAGCAUCAAGAAUUUCUCAAUCAUGCUAUGAUGAAGAUUACAGGAAUUGAGCUACAGACGGUGGAGAAGUUUACAGUGGAUGUUACUAUGGAUCCUGAAACAGCUCAUCCUAAACUUCUCUUGUCUAAGGAUGACAAACAAGCUGGAUAUGGAGAAAGACAACAAAAUGUCCCAGACAGCCCUUGGAGGUUUGAUUCAUGUCCCAGUGUUCUGGGAAAGGAGGGAUUCUCCUUUAGGAGAUUUUAUUUUGAGGUGCAGGUAAAAGGGAAAACUGAGUGGGAUUUAGGAGUAGCCAGAGAAUCUGUUAACAGGAAGGGGACAAUUACUUUGAGUCCAAGGAAUGGACUCUGGGCUCUGUGGCUGAGGAAUGGAAAUGAGUACAAGGCCUGCGACUGUCUGUCUGUCCCUCUCUUUCUGAGAGUGAAGCCCCAGAAGGUGGGAGUGUUUGUGGAUUAUGAGGAGGGUCUGGUCUCUUUUUAUGAUGUGGAAUCUAAGUGUCAUAUCUACUCUUUCACUGGUCAGUCUUUCACUGGGAAACUCUAUCCAUAUUUCAGCCCAGGUUUUAAUAAUGGAGAAAAAAAUUCAGCCCCAUUGAUCAUCUCACCUGUCAGAAAUAAUAUGUGGUUUUUAGUGAGUCAACAAUAAAUAUCGAAAAUUAAGAAAGAUGCAUCUUACCUUUUAAUUUUUUCAAAGUUUUCACCAAUUGUAGAAAAACAAACAAACAUUGGAUUUAAUUAUUUUAUUUUAUUUUUAAAGUAUAUUUUGGCAGGUGAUAAGCUUGUGUAUUCCUCUUCACAAUAAUGUUGCUACAAUUUUACAAUGAUUUUAGACUUAUUGUUUUAUUUUUUUAUUCUUGACAUUUUAAAUAUUUACAAAUUUGCAGUAAAAAAACAAAAAGGUGAAAAAUGUUGGCUACAGUGACAGUUUGCUGUGUCACUGCAGUGUAAUCUCUGUAAUGAUCUUGGAAAUGAUGAUAUGACAAAAAAGGUACAUUAUUUAAAUACUUUUGUCAAAUCAGUGUGGUAAAGCAGCACCGAAGUAGCCCUUUAAUUCUUGGAUCUACUAAAAGGAAAAUAACAGGCUAUUUAAAAAAAAAAAAAAAGAAAGAAAAAAAUAAAUAAAUAGGUCUACGCACAUAUAAAGUUUCCCUGGUGACACCUUUAAAGGAACAAACCACCCAUUAAUACACUGUCAUUAUUUACUCACCCUGCUAUUGAUCCAAACCUGUAUGACUUUGUGACACAAUGGAACACAAUUAAAUAAUAAUAAAAAUGAAAUACAAAAAAA